AUGGAGACGCCGGCGGAGCCCGCGGCCCGGCCCCGAGCCCCGGAGGCCAACCCCGAGCGCCGCCUGCGCUGGCGCCACGUCCGAGAGGAGCUGCGGGCGCUGCUGGUGCUGGCGGGCCCCGCGUUCCUGGCCCAGCUGAUGGUGUUUCUGAUCAGUUUCAUCAGCUCCGUGUUCUGUGGCCACCUGGGGAAGCUGGAAUUGGAUGCUGUCACACUUGCCAUCGCAGUGAUUAAUGUCACCGGGAUCUCCGUGGGAUUUGGCUUAUCUUCUGCUUGCGACACCCUCAUGUCUCAGACGUACGGCAGCCCCAACAAGAAGCACGUGGGGGUCAUCCUGCAGCGGGGUGCGCUCAUCCUGCUGCUCUGCUGCUUCCCCUGCUGGGCGCUCUUCCUCAACACCCAGCACAUCCUGCUGCUGCUCCGGCAGGACCCCGCCGUGUCCAGGCUCACCCACACCUACGUCAUGAUCUUCAUCCCAGCCCUUCCCGCGACGUUUCUUUACACAUUACAAGUUAAAUAUCUGCUCACCCAGGGAAUCAUUCUGCCCCAGAUCUUCACUGGAGUUGCCGCCAACCUCGUCAACGCUCUCGUCAACUACCUGUUUCUCCAUGAGCUGCAUCUUGGGGUGAUGGGCUCCGCACUGGCCAACCUGAUCGCCCAGUUUUCCCUGGCUCUGUUCCUCUUCCUCUACAUCUUCUGGAGGAAACUGCACCGAGCCACUUGGGGAGGCUGGUCCCUGGAGUGCCUGCAGGACUGGGGCUCCUUCUUCCGCCUGGCCAUCCCCAGCAUGCUCAUGCUGUGCAUGGAGUGGUGGGCCUACGAGAUUGGCAGCUUCCUGAGCGGGAUCCUCGGCAUGGUGGAGCUGGGGGCACAGUCCAUCGUGUAUGAGCUGGCCACGAUAGUGUUCAUGAUACCCACGGGCUUCAGCGUGGCUGCCAGCGUCCGCAUUGGGAAUGCGCUGGGCGCGGGAGACAUCGAGCAGGCCAGGCGGUGCUCCCUGGUCUCCGUGCUGGUCACAGAGCUCUUUGCUGUAGCCUUCUGCGUCCUGCUGCUGAGCUGUAAGGACCUGGUGGGGUACAUUUUCACUACCGACCGGGAGAUCCUGGAGCUGGUGUCUCGCGUGGUGCCGCUGUACGCCGUGUCCCACCUCUUCGAGGGCCUGGCGUGCACGGGUGGCGGCAUCCUGCGUGGCAGCGGGAACCAGAAGGUGGGCGCCAUCCUCAACGCCGUGGGCUACUACAUGAUCGGCCUCCCCGUGGGCAUCUCCCUGAUGUUCGCCACCAGCCUGGGCGUGGUCGGUCUGUGGGCGGGCAUCAUCCUCUGCACCGUCUGCCAGGCCGCCUGCUUCCUGGGCUUCAUCGCGCGGCUCAACUGGGGGAAAGCCUGUCGCCAGGCUCAGGUCCACGCCAACAUGAGACUGCCCGCGGCCCAGGACGGCACUGCUGCGGCUCAGGGCCUGCUUCUCCCAGGGGGCCCUGGGAGCCGCGGAGAGACGGGGACGGGAGAUGCUGAGAAGAAGGACGAAGCCCAGUGGGACCAGCAGCUGCACCAGGAGGCGGGCCCCGGGGCCCCUCGGACCCGGCCCCAGCUGAGCGGGCGGCAGCUGGUGCUGCGGCGGGGGCUCCUGCUGCUGGGGCUGCUGGCCGUGCUGCUGGCGGGCGCCCUGGUGUGGGUGUGCGUCUGA